AUCCCGAGGUGAGCCCAGGUCCAGCCUUGUCCGUCCGUUUACGAGCUCUGAAACUCCCGACUGAAACUCCUGUCAACAUGUCUGCUGCUUCCUCCAACCAGCUGAUCCUCCUCCUGUGCUUGGUUUUCAGCCAACAAGUCGCCUCAAACUGUGUGAUCAAGCGGGAGCAGGAGAAAUGCAUGGAAAUGAUGGCCUCCGACGAGCCAGGGAACAAUCCAGAGUUUGGGUGUCCGUGGAUGUGGGACAACCUGACGUGUUGGCAGCCUGCCGUGUUCGGAGAGGUGGUGGAAGUGAACUGUCCUGAACUCUUCUCUCAGUUCAUAAGUGAAGAAGACUUCGAGCUGGGGACGGUGAGUCGUAACUGCACUGAGUUCGGCUGGUCGGAGAUGUUCCCUCAUUACAUCGACGCGUGCCUGUAUGAGGAGGGGAACAGCAGCCACACGGACAUGUACUUUGUGUCGGUGAAGGCUCUGUACACUGUGGGCUACAGCACCUCUCUGGUCUCCCUCACCAUGGCCAUGGUCAUCCUGUGCAGGUUCAGGAAGCUGCACUGCACCAGGAACUUCAUCCACAUGAACCUAUUUGUGUCCUUCAUCCUGAGAGCUAUUUCCGUCUUCAUCAAAGACGGCGUGCUGUACGCCAAAGAGGACAGCGAGCACUGCUUCAUACACACUCUGGAGUGUCGAGCUGUGAUGAUAUUCUUCCAUUACUGCGUCCUCUCCAACUACUUCUGGCUCUUCAUCGAGGGUCUCUACCUCUUCACUCUACUGGUGGAGACCUUCUUCCCCGAGAGGAGAUACUUCUACUGGUACAUCAUCAUCGGCUGGGGAGCCCCCACGCUGUGUGUGACCAUCUGGGCCGUGCUGAGGCUACACUUUGAUGAUAUAGGGUGUUGGGACAUGAAUGACAAUGCUGCCAUCUGGUGGGUGAUCAAGGGACCUGUGCUGGCUUCUAUUAUGGUCAACUUCGUGCUCUUCGUCGGCAUCAUCAUCAUCCUCGUGCAGAAGUUACAGUCCCCAGAUAUCGGAGGGAAUGAGUCCAGUAUUUACCUGAGGUUGGCCCGCUCCACUCUGCUCCUGAUUCCUCUGUUUGGGAUCCAUUACACCGUGUUCGCCUUCUCCCCCGAGAACGUCAGUAAGAGAGAGCGUCUGGUGUUCGAGCUCGGCCUCGGAUCCUUCCAGGGCUUCGUGGUGGCCGUUCUCUACUGCUUCCUGAAUGGAGAGUAUAUCCCUCAAGGUGCAAUCGGAGAUCAAGAGGAAAUGGCGCAGCUGGACGGUGAACAGAUACUUUGCUGUGGACCUGAAGCACCGGCAUCCUUCCCUGGCGAGCAGUGGGGUGAACGGGGGCACGCAGCUGUCCAUCCUCAGCAAGAGCAGCUCGCAGAUCCGCAUGUCCAGCCUGCAGGCGGAGACCCCGGCCACCUGAGCGCCAACGCCGGGGACGCCGCGUCUGGAAAAGACAACGCCAACUCCACCACCGCCACCGCCGCCUCUGCCGCCUCUGCCGCCUCUGCUUCCCGACCUUACGCAGCCAAACCUGCCACGCCCACCCUCGUCCCCAUGACCUGCCUCGACAACCCGUUCCUCAACCCGUUCCCCAACCCGUACCCGGACGGGACCGAGAUGGAAACACAGCUCAACUCCACCGACCCAGAACUGCCUCCAGUCUGACCCGCCUCACACACACACACGACCAAACCUGAGUGUCAGGCUGCCAAAUAGUAAACAACCUCAUGUCCUGACCUUUGACCUGGAUCAGGUGCAGCUGGAGAGAAACGUUGUCCUCCUGUUCCUGCAGCCUAGGGCGUGUUUAGGAUUUGAUGUCGAGUCUUGUUGAGCUGAAACCUGCAGAAGAAUCGUGUUUUCUCUGUACAUAUUGUGUGAGUAUUUAAACGUGUUUGGUGCUACAGUGUUUGCUGCUGUGAAGCACAGAGAAACCAGUUUACUGCAGCAGCUCCACAGGCUGCUCCCUCUCCCACUGAUCAUUCCAGUCUGACCCAGGACGUUUUUUUAAAAUAUAUUUUCCUCCUCAAAAUGUAUUUAAAACAUAGAUAUUGUUCUUUUCUUUUCUCUUUAAAUACCGACUUCCAAGCUGCCAGGCCAUGAAGUGAGUGGCAGACAACACAGGGAAAUGUAAAUACCCUAAAAGAGGGGCGCUUAUCUAUUUAAGUUCAAAUAUGUAGAGGUGGUAAAUAACCCUAGUGAUGUCACAGUGAUGUCAUCAAAAGUUUUUUGAGCAUUGGUUGGAAACUUUUAACCGGUGCUCAAAAAACUGACCGAAUGUUGAAAGACUGCAAAAGCACAGUGUCUUUAGAAAAGAUUAAAAAAAAAUGUGUUGCAUUGUGGGAAAUGUAGUGUGAAGGGGGUAGAAAGAAAAAAAAAAGCUUGUGAUGUCAUUAGGGGUUAUUUUAGACAGUAAUGUUGACAGUAAAUCUGUGCAAGAAACUCAAACGGAAGACUGGGAAACAUUCAUGAGAAGGAGUUGUUGAGGCAAUGUUGCAUUAUGGGAAAUGUAGUGUCCAGUGUUUUUAAAGCUAAGCUUAUAAAGCUAUAAUUCGAUAACUCUGCUGCUUCGAUUCUUACCGGCCCGGAUGUACAGAUAAUAUUGACUGAAGAUUAAGACUGAAGAAUCACUCCCACAUCGGUGUUCAUAAAAUCUCCAUAAAAUCAGUGUUAUCGAGGG